CACAAUCGUUGCCGUCGGGUUAGGGGCUUAUGGACUUAACAAGGUAUGGCAUAUUGGCAACUCGCAUUGCAAUGUGUGGGCGACCGCCGCUCACUGGUCAAGUCCACCUCUCGGUCUCCAGCCUACCGUUACUUUAACCCAAUCCGAUCACCUGCCACCACCCACCUACCAACAAUGGCUGGGACUCACCGCUGUUUCGUCCUGGUAUCCCUCGCCGUAGUGCUGUUGGCGCCGCGCGCCACGGCGUACCCGUGGCAAGUGUGCGGCACGACAGCCAACUUCACGGCCAACAGCACGUACCAGGCCAACCUCGGCGUCCUCGCCGCGGCGCUGCCCAAGAACAUCUCGUCGUCCCCGGACCUCUUCGCCACCGCCGUUGUCGGCUCCGCCCCGGAUCAAGUCUCGGCGCUCGCGCUCUGCCGCGGCGACGCCAACGCCACGGCCUGCUCCAGCUGCCUCGCCACGGCAUUCCAGGAUGUCCAGAACAUGUGUGCCUACGACAAGGACGCCGCCAUCUAUUACGACCCCUGCGCCCUCUACUACUCCUCCAACGUCAGCUUCCUUUCCUCCUCCGUCGACAGCGUCACGUCGACGACGAGCCGCGUCAACAACCAGAACGUCACGUCGGACCAUGCUAGCUUCAACCGCCAGGUGGCCGCGCUGGUGAACGCCACCGCCGACUACGCCGCGUACAACUCCACGCGGCGGUACGCGGCUGGGGAGGCCGACCUUGGCGCCGGCGAGUUUCCCAGAGUGUACAGCUGGGCGCAGUGCACGCCGGACCUGACGCCAGCGCAGUGCCGAGGUUGCCUCGCCGACAUCAUUUCGAAAUUGCCGAGGCGGUUCACUGACCGCAUCGGAGGGAGGACGCUUGGGGUCAGGUGCAGCUACCGGUACGAGAUUAACCCCUUUCUCAAUAGCCCGGUGAUGGUGCGGCUGGCUGCGCCACCGAGCUCGGAAGCGCCUGCGCCGGCCGUUGUGCCCACGGGUUCAAAUUCAGCGGCGGCCGCCGGAAGAGAGAGGAAGUUCAUUGUUACUGGCACGGUCCUUGUGAUUGUGCUCCCUACUAUCGCGACUUUGUUGGUAAUCAAUCUCCUUGUUUGGCUCUGUAUCUGGAGGAAGAUGAGGAGGAACCAAGUUGGAGCAAUUCAGCCACAUUCCAUAAACUCUGCUGAACCGGAGAACAUUGAAACUGUAGAGUCGAUGCUCAUCGACAUUUCUACGCUGCGAGCCGCGACUGGGAGUUUUGCGGAAAGCAACAAGCUAGGCGAAGGAGGGUUUGGUUCAGUGUACAAGGGAACUCUACCGGAUGGCUAUCAAAUAGCGGUGAAGAGGCUCUCCAAGAGUUCGACGCAAGGGAUUGGGGAGCUUAUGAAUGAGCUUGCUUUGGUAGCAAAGCUUCAGCACAAGAACCUCGUCAGGCUGGUUGGCGUCUGCUUAGAGCAGGAUGAGAGGCUGCUGGUCUACGAGUUCGUCCCCAACCGGAGCCUUGACCAGAUUCUAUUCGACGCCGAGAAACGAGAACAACUCGACUGGGGAAAGAGGUACAAGAUCAUAAACGGAAUCGCACGAGGCCUGCAGUACCUCCACGAAGACUCCCAGCUCAAAGUAAUCCACCGUGACCUCAAGGCCAGCAACGUCUUGCUUGACACCAACAUGAACCCCAAGAUUUCGGACUUUGGUCUGGCGAAGCUCUUCGGGAGCGACCAGACGCAGGGCGUCACGAGCCGUGUCGUCGGAACAUAUGGGUACAUGGCACCGGAGUACGCGUUGCGCGGGAACUACUCCGUCAAAUCAGAUGUGUUCAGCUUCGGCGUCAUGGUUCUGGAGAUCGUGACGGGAAAGAAGAACAAUGACUCCUACCUCUCCCAGCAAUCCGAAGAUCUGUUGACUCUUGUGUGGGAGCACUGGACGGCCGGAUCGAUAUGCGAGCUGAUAGACCCGGGCAUGGGCGACGCUUUCUCCCGGAGCGACGCACUGCGGUGCAUCCACAUCGGGCUGCUCUGCGCGCAGGGUGACCCGGCGAGUAGGCCGGUGAUGUCGUCGGUGAUCAUGAUGCUGGGUAGCGACACGGUGUCUCUACAAGCCCCACCCAAGCCGGUGUUCUACGGUAGGCAAAACGGCGGCCGCAGCUCAGAGUCAGUCCUACAAUCUCUGGUUCUCUGACUCCAGUUGACUCAGGUUAAGAACAACGUUGCUGCAGGUUUGUAUUGUGGAUGGGACUGUUUGGAUGAGAAACAUUUCUCUGCAAAGUUUUGUUGUGAGCCCCUUAGAGUUUCUUGUAGAGUGCCCCUAUGAGUUUCUUUUAGAGCCUGCUCUCCAUUUAGGAUCAAAUAAUAGUUCAGGUGUAGGGUGUUGGUCGCCAUUGUAGUGGCACACUGGUCACUUGUUUUUCGAGAAUUUGGUUAGGUUGGUCCUUGGAUGAUAGAAAAUUACAAAAAAUUUGUCAGGUUGAUCCUUGGAUGACGAAAAAUUACUAAUUUUUUUGAACA